AUGGAUGCAAUGGAUGCAACACAGAUAUCCACGAAGAAACGGAAGCGAAAGCACAGCAGCAGCAAAGAUGCUACUACUGAUGAUGCUAAGGAUAGGAAAAUAAGGAAGAAGGAAAAGCUUGAGCGGAAAAGAAGGAAGGAGAAGAAAGUGCAGGAUGAAGAUGAGGGGGAGGGAGAAGAGGUUCGGGAGGCCGAUGAAGAGGGAGGAGAGAAGGAAGUCAAGGCGUUAUCUUGUGGGAAAAAACAACCAAGCGAUGGAUAUGAUAGUGAUCGAGAUGACAAGAAUGAUGGGGAAGAGGAGGAGGAGAGUAAUGAUGCUGAUGAGGCCGAUACCCCGGGACGUCCCGGCGCGGGUAUUGCUACUGAACCAGACGGCAUCCCGCUUAAUGCUUCGCUAUCGCUUCCGGUAACUGGGGAGAACCCGGUUAAAUUUACCGACCUUAAUCUCUCUGAUGCUACUCAGAAAGUUAUCACGGCAAUGGGUUUCGAGAAAAUGACCGAUGUUCAGAGUCGGACUAUUCCUCCCCUGAUGGCUGGGAGAGAUGUAUGAGUGACUCCUUCCUUGCUCCCCUCUUUGUGAGCAUUUGGGAUGCUAAUGGCGAGAUAUAGGUUCUUGGAGCUGCUAAAACUGGCAGCGGGAAAACCCUUGCAUUCCUAAUUCCCGCUAUCGAGAUGCUGACUUCUCUCAAAUUCAAACCACGAAAUGGAACCGGGUGUCUGGUGAUCACGCCUACCCGUGAACUGGCGUUGCAAAUCUAUGGCGUGGCGCACGAGUUGCUGGAAUACCAUAGUCAAACGCUUGGGAUCGUGAUUGGCGGAGCGAAUAGGCGGAACGAAGCGGAUAAACUAUCCCGCGGGGUUAACCUCUUAAUUGCUACCCCGGGCAGGUUACUAGAUCAUCUACAAAACACACCCGGCUUUGUGUUCAAGAACCUCAGAGCAUUGGUACUCGACGAGGCCGAUCGAAUACUCGAAAUGGGCUUCGAAGACGAGAUGCGGCAGAUUAUCAAGAUCAUACCCUCCCAGGAUCGACAAACCAUGUUGUUCUCCGCUACACAGACCACAAAGGUUGAGGAUUUGGCGAGAAUCUCAUUGAGACCUGGGCCAUUGUACAUAAAUGUGGAUUAUCACAAGGAGGCGUCUACUGUUGAAGGGUUGGAGCAGGGAUACGUUAUUUGCGAGGCGGACAAGAGGUUUCUUCUGCUAUUCUCCUUUUUGAAGAGAUUCAGUAAGAAGAAGAUUAUUGUCUUCUUUAGUAGUUGUGCUAGCGUCAAGUACUAUGCCGAAUUGCUGAAUUAUAUCGAUUUGCCGGUACUUGACCUCCAUGGAAAGCAGAAGCAGCAGAAACGGACGAAUACGUUUUUUGAGUUCAAGAAUGCUGAGAAGGGGACUUUGAUUUGCACAGAUGUUGCUGCGCGUGGGCUUGAUGUUUGUUUCCCUGCUUCCUCCCUCACUCCCGGGUCCCUAGGCUAAUUGGGUUUCCAGAUUCCAGCAGUAGAUUGGAUCGUCCAAUUCGACCCCCCAGAUGACCCGAGAGACUACAUCCACCGAGUCGGUCGGACGGCCCGUGGAUCUGAUGGGAAGGGUCGCUCACUAAUGUUUCUACUACCCAACGAAGUCGGCUUCCUAAAGUAUCUCAAAGAGGCUCGUGUUCCGGUCGUCGAGUUCGAGUUCCCGGCAAAGAAGUUGGUAAAUGUUCAAUCUCAAUUGGAAAAGUUGAUUGGGAAGAACUACUACUUAAACGGAAGUGCGAAGGACGGGUAUAAGUAUGCCCCCAAAUUUCCUAGGCUGUAUGGGAGAGAGGAGAAAGGGGGAAUGGAUGAUGAGAAAACAUUUGGUCCGUGUAUACGAAGCGGAUUAAGACCCCGCGGCAUGAGUUGUCCAAAUUGCCCUGAUAGGCAUCUCUGAUUUCCCUCCUUACUCUCUCGCACCUUCUAUUAAAAUAAACGAACCGCGCUGACGAAGAGGGUGAAAGGUCGUACCUCCAAGCCUAUGCUUCCCAUUCCCUCCGCACAGUCUUUGACGUGCACAAGCUCGACCUGGUCAAAGUUGCCAAAAGCUUCGGCUUCUCCACACCUCCAAAGGUGGAUAUUCAGUUAGGGUCCGCGCGGGAUAAGCGGCCGCCACAGAGAAGGAGUUACGGUCCGAGGAGCAGGGGCGCGGGGAGGCGUAGAAAUGAUUAA